AUGAGUGAAAGGAGAAGAUCUGCAGUCGCCCUGAGCUCGAGAGCACAUGCCUUCUCCGUUGAAGCCUUGAUCGGCUCCAAUAAAAAGCGUAAACUGCGAGACUGGGAGGAGAAGGGGCUGGACCUGUCCAUGGAGGCGCUGAGCCCCGCGGGCCCACUCGGAGACGCGGACGACUCGGCGGCGCACUGCCUGGAGCCUCACCCGGAUUCCGAGCAGAGUACUGGUUCCGACUCCGAGGUGCUCCCUGAGCGGACUGCCUGCUCCUUUGACGCUCACCGUGACCUGAGCUCUGCGGCUGCAGGCCCGGUGCCUGCUGCCCUGUGCCCCAUGGAAGAGAUCCAGGUGGAGCUGCAGUGCGCUGACCUCUGGAAGAGGUUCCAUGAUAUCGGCACCGAAAUGAUCAUCACCAAAGCGGGCAGGAGAAUGUUUCCUGCCAUGAGAGUGAAAAUUACUGGCCUAGAUCCACACCAGCAGUACUACAUAGCGAUGGACAUUGUUCCUGUGGACAAUAAAAGAUACAGAUACGUGUAUCACAGCUCCAAGUGGAUGGUGGCAGGCAAUGCUGAUUCCCCUGUGCCCCCAAGAGUGUAUAUCCACCCUGAUUCUCUAGCUUCUGGAGACACGUGGAUGAGACAGGUGGUCAGUUUUGACAAGCUCAAGCUGACCAACAAUGAAUUGGAUGAUCAAGGACAUAUCAUUCUGCACUCUAUGCACAAAUACCAGCCCCGGGUUCACGUGAUUCGCAAGGACUUCAGCAGCGACCUUUCUCCCACCAAGCCUGUUCCAGUUGGGGACGGGGUGAAAACGUUCAACUUUCCUGAGACUGUGUUCACCACGGUCACGGCCUACCAGAAUCAGCAGAUCACCAGAUUAAAAAUUGACCGAAACCCAUUUGCCAAAGGAUUCAGAGAUUCCGGGAGGAACAGAACUGGACUGGAAGCCAUCAUGGAGACUUAUGCAUUUUGGAGACCCCCUGUGCGCACACUCACCUUUGAGGAUUUCACUACCAUGCAAAAACAGCAAGGGGGAAGCACAGGCACAUCCCCAACCACCUCCAGCACUGGGACACCGUCCCCUUCAGCCUCUUCUCAUCUUUUAUCUCCAUCCUGUUCUCCGCCAACCUUUCAUUUGGCCCCCAACACUUUCAACGUGGGCUGUCGAGAGAGCCAGCUGUGUAAUCUAAACCUCUCUGAUUACCCACCCUGUGCCCGAAGCAACAUGGCUGCCUUGCAGAGUUACCCCGGGCUGAGUGACAGUGGUUACAAUAGGCUGCAGAGUGGCACCGCUUCAGCAACUCAGCCCACGGAAACCUUCAUGCCUCAGAGGACUCCAUCCCUGAUCUCAGGAAUACCAACUCCUCCCUCGUUGCCUAGCAACAGCAAGAUGGAAGCCUACGGUGGUCAGCUGGGGUCCUUCCCCACUUCCCAGUUUCAGUAUGUCAUGCAGGCAGGCAAUGCAGCUUCCAGCGCCUCAUCCCCACACAUGUUCGGGGGCGGCCACAUGCAGCAGAGCUCCUACAAUGCCUUCUCACUUCAUAACCCCUACAACCUGUAUGGCUACAACUUCCCCACCUCCCCUAGGCUAGCUGCGAGCCCAGAAAAACUGAGCGCCUCUCAAAGCACUUUACUCUGUUCUUCUCCUUCCAAUGGAGCCUUCGGCGAGAGGCAGUACCUGCCCACGGGGAUGGAGCACAGCAUGCACAUGAUUAGCCCUUCGCCCAAUAACCAGCAGGCAACCAACGCCUGCGAUGGCCGGCAGUAUGGGGCGGUUCCAGGCUCCUCCUCCCAGAUGUCCGUGCACAUGGUUUAA